CAAUCAUUUGUCAAAAAGCAGUCAACCCGUUCAACCAAUCUGAAAUAUUGGAUCUUGAUCUUGAUUUUGCCCCUCUUUGGACAAAACCCAUAUCUCCUGGACUGCUCUCCAUUCCAAUCCAACUCAAUCCAGUUUCUCUAAUAAAAGGAAGAAGAAAAAAAAAUUAAGAGCUAGAAUAAUUACUUUUUACGUUACCUAUAUAUAGAGAGAAACAGUGGAUUAGAUUAGAAGCUUCUGAUAGCAAAAAUGGCAGAUCACUCUGAUGAUUUAGACCAACUACUUGACAGUGCUUUGGAUGAUUUCCAGAAUCUCAACCUUACCUCUCUUCCUCAAAGGGAAGGAGGAGGAGAUGGUGAAGAAAAGAAGCAAGAAUCUGGUUCUUUACCAAGUGGGGUUGUAGGAUUGGGAAUGGGAUUACCUGACUUGAAGAGCAAGAAAAAGGGAAAGCAAAAGGUGUCAAGUGAAUCCCAUGUCACAGAGGCUCUUGAUAAGAUGAGAGAACAAACCAGAGAGACUAUAAAAGGAUUGGAAUCAAUGUCGAAACCUGGAGGAGAUGAUUUUGGAGAGGAUGGAUUGAUCGACGAUUGGGUGAAGCAGUUUGAGGAGCUUUCUGGGUCUCAGGACAUGGAAUCCAUUGUGGAGAGUAUGAUGCAACAACUUUUGUCUAAGGAGAUUCUUCAUGAACCCAUGAAGGAAAUUGGAGAAAGAUACCCAAAGUGGUUAGAAGAGCAUAAAUCCAGUUUGAGCAAAGAAGAAUAUGAACGUUACUCCAACCAAUAUGAACUGAUGAAGGAGCUUAAUGGAGUUUAUGAAAAGGAUCCUAAUAACUUCACCAGGAUUUUUGACCUCAUGCAAAAAAUGCAAGAAUGUGGCCAACCACCAAAUGAUAUCGUGCAAGAGCUCGCUCCUGAGUUUGAUUUAACCAAUCUUAGCCAGCUAUCCCCAGAAAUGCUCGACUCACAGCAAGGCUGUUGUAUAAUGUGAUGCAAUAGCCUGAUGCAGACUAUGUUUCCUUAUAUUCAAUACAUAUUCUUUUAACGUUUCAAGGUAAUAAAACAGCUUUCCUUGUUAUUUUGAUCCUUCAAGAAAUUAAAUGCUUUUGUAUGUAUAAUCAUGGAGAAAGAUGUUUAUGACUAAAUGACCAGGUUCAGUGUGCAAUUUGCUUGACGAUUCUUUGAAAACAUCGGUUUUUGUAAAAGGGUACUUUCUAGUUUUGUACAUGAACAGAGUAUUGUGUUAAAUUUUGCUUUGAACCA